AUGGAGCAUCAACCCCAUUUCUCACCUGUCCCUCACCUGUGCCGGUACACAGCGUACCGCACGCCGCAGUUCUGCACACCUGGGUACGCGGCGUACCGCACGCCGCAGCUGCCGCAGUUCCGCACGCAGUACGUGCGGCGGCGCUCGCAGCUGCUGCGGGAGCGGGCGCAGGGCGGGCACCUGGCCGGGGAGGCGCGGCGCUGGUACCUGCGGCUGCGGGCGCGGCUCCUGGCGCAGCGCUACGGCGCCCUGUCCGAGCCGGGCAGCUGCCGCAGCGCCCUGCGGGCCAGCCGGACCACGCUGGACCGCAUGGAGGAUUUCGAGGAGGACCCGCGGGGGUCCCGGGGCCACCGGCGCUCCCUGAGCCGCAGCUCCGGCCCGGGGGGGCUGCGGGGGGGCCCCGACGAGCGUGCGGAAGGGUUCCUGGCCCUAUGGAAUUUUGAGGAGGGGUCUCCUUUCCCCUCCCCAGUGCGGAAGGUGCAGUUUGCCCACCACAAGCAGAACCUUCUGGUGCGGAAGGUGCAGUUUGCCCACGACGAGCGGCACCUCCUGGCGUGCUGCUCCCUGGACGGGACGCUGUCCGUGUGCCGCCUGGCGCCGGGGCCCCCGGCCGUGCUGCGGCGGCUCCGCGGCCACGGCGCCGGCGUCUCCGACUUCGCCUGGUCCCUGUCCAACGACGUGCUGGUGUCGGCCUCGCUGGACGGGACCCUGCGCCUCUGGGACCCCGCCGACGGGCGCUGCAUCCGCCGCGUGCCCGACCCCGACGGCGCCGCGCUGCUGUGCUGCGCCUUCCAGCCGCUGAACAACAACCUUACUGUGGUGGGCAGUGCCCGGCACAUGGUGCGGGUUGUGAACAUCUCCACGGGGAAGGCGGCGCGGGGGGGCACCGGGCGCCUCCCCGGGCAGGUCCUCGCCCUCUGCUUCGACGCCCCCGGGCGCGUCCUGUGGGCCGGGGACGACCGGGGCUCGGUGUCCUCGUUCCUGUGCGACCCCGGCACCGGCCGGCUGACCAAGGCCUCGCGGGUGCUGGUCCAGGCCGGCGGCUCCAUCACGUCGCUCUCGGCCCGGGCCUGGGCCAGCCGGGAGGCGCCGGACCCGUCCCUGCUGGUGAACGCCUGCCCCGACCGCCUGCUGCUCUUCCGGGUGGUGGAGGACGAGGGGGGCUCGGGGGCCCCGGGGCUGCGGCUCCGGCGCAGUUUCCCCACGCGGCACCGGGAGCAGCCCCUGAGGAGCUGCUUCUGUCCCCUGAUGUCCUUCCGGCAGGGAGCCUGCGUGGUGACGGGCAGCGAGGACGCCUCCGUGCACUUCUUCGACGUGGGCCGGGCGGCGCGGGCCACCGUGAACACGCUGCAGGGCCACGGGGCCGCCGUGCUGGCCGUGGCCUUCAACUGCGACGAGUCCCUGCUGGCCUCGGGGGACGCCGCCGGCACCGUCAUCGUCUGGCGCCGCCAGCACGCCUGAGGCGCCCCAAAAACCCCAAAAUCUGCCUGGAAAUCCCCCCCAGAAAUACCCCAAAAGCUGCCCCGGCGUGGCCUCGGUGUGCGGCGAGUUUCGUGGGUGGCGUGUGGCACCAAAACCCUGCCCAGAAUCCCCCAGUCCUGCCCAAAACACCCCAAAAUCCUUCCCAAAAACCCCAAAACCCAUCCCAAAACCUUCCCCGAACUCCUUCUGAAAACCACCCUGAUAUUCCCCCCAAAUACCCCAAAACUCCCCCAAAAUUUCCCUCGAUCCACCCAA